CAGCGGGUACAGAAACUAAGCAACCUUGGAUCGAUUUCCCCGUGUUUGUGAUUAUUAUUUUAUCGUUUGACGUUAAACGUUUACGCUUGAUGUGUGCCAAUAAUCAUUGAUGAAAUGAUAAAUAAAAGGGAUGUUUAAUGUGAUCAAGUUACGGUGAUGGCAUUAAGAUAAAAUGUUAUAGGUGUGUUUUAGUCUUCCUACAUACCGGUACGUAUAAAUGUAAGCUUAAAUAAAGGUUACAUCCGUCGGAGUAUUAUUGUGAACUUUUCGUCGGCGUUUGUGUGUAUGUGAAAUAAUGAUGUCCGUAAUAUCUCGUCGGGAGAAUCAGGUUAGCUGGACGACGACCGGGGAAACCACCGUCGUCGGCACCGGCAUUACCGGCGGCAAGAAGAGCAGUGAGCGGGAUAGGGAGCGGUAUCACCGACCGAGAGUGAGAGCGCUCGAGAUCACUGGCGAGAAUCUAGAGGACCUGCUGGCCUAUGAUGACCUCUUCCUCGACUACUUCAACGCAUUUCUCACACUUCCAGUAUUCCCACAAGCACUGCAUUAUAACCGGCUGACCGGAGCCUUCGAAGAGCUUCCCGGAACCGGAAGUCGUCCUGGCUCCACAGAGAGUCUGCCCUACGGAGUGACGGACGAUGAGCGCGACGCCAUGCUUCAGUGGGCGCGGAAGGAGCGACUCCCGCUCUUCCUCAGUACGCAGCUUUUCCGCGAGUUCAAGCUCUGCAAGUUGUUGUUGCGGCCCCUGGACGACCGCUACUCCGCCAGCCGGGGUUCGAGCCACCAGAUACGUGGCUACAGCCGGCAGUCGGAGAGCUACGUUUCGUCGCUUAGCAACAGCGCCGACAACAGCGCCAACGACGUCGACGACGAGGAUUUCAACUUUGAGGCACACUACAACGCCAGUCAGCUGUUCAAGUACCAGCGCCCCGGAAGUCGCGCACUCAGCGUGCCCGCGCCCAUGCACCUCGGCGAGGAUCCCUAUUACUACGAAGACGAGCGCGGCAGCACGACCACCCACACCCACACCACCUCCAAGACAGCAUCCUUCAAGUUCCGGUCCAAACGAGACCGUGACGAUGGCGACCCAGAUUUACGUCUGCAGCUGGGGAACGAGGAAGGGCCGCACGUGCCGAGGGAUAUCACCGUGACCUUUGACCCUGAUACAGCCGAGCACGAGAGCAAGUCGCAGCAGAGUCACAGCCGCCGCUCCUCGCGGAUGUCGCGCGGCAAACGCCACCUGCAGGCGGCACAACAAUCGGAAGCGGAAGCAGCGUUCCUCCGACACGCCAGGGUUCUGUCAGCGCCCAUUAAUUACGAGGAAUACAUGCGUCACCCGUACCGGGACUUCGACGAGAUGUUUGGUGAGGACGAACCGGAACCAGACGGCAACGUCUACGUGGCGUUUGACGACGAGGGCGUCAGCGAGGCGCAGACGGAAACUGACGUCAAGAACCUAGAGGGCCGCCUCAAGAUGACGUUUCAGCAGCUGAAGGAGAGCACGCUUGGAACGUUCUCAGGUAUGGAAGACUUCAAGGGUUUCCUGUGGGGCACAGCGGGCCGCCAGCUCGUAAACUUCUGGCUAGACUGCGAGUAUUUCAAGGACAGUAUGGAGAAGUUUGACGCCGUCGCCAUCGUGGAGGAGCGGAACAGGCUCUUCAGAGACAUCCAGGACAAGUUCAAGAUCCACCUUACGCGGGACGCCAAGGAGCAGAUCAGCAAGGCGGCCAGCAACGCGAGCCUCAGCCACUCCGUGUUCAUACGCACGCAGUACGAUGUGCUGCGCCGACUGCGCGCCUACUGGGUGCCGCGAUAUAUGCUUCACAUGGAAAGGGAGAGUCGAUUUAGUCACACUCCAACGAGGCUCGACUCUAACCGAUGGAUUACGGGUAAAUCUUCACUCAAAGACACUUUCUCUUUCUUCCCGUCGAUUAACCUUGUCAGUUCCAUGCCUGUCCGUCCAGACGAUGUACUCACAUACACACGAACCAGGAGCUGGGAAUGCGUCAGUAAGGGAGGUCGGCGACUGGAUGACAGAGUGACGUCUGCUAAAUACAGAACUGCUCCUUUGUCGGCUUCAUUAAGCGGCAUGUUGGGUUUCACCACUCAGAAACCCAGAUUUAAAAGGGCCACGAAAGAACGGUUUGUGGUUGCCUUAGCAGCAGACAAGAUGGCUGGUGGGCCGUUUGAGCGAUAUCUUGAAGAUCACCAAGACCAGACACUGCUACCAAGCCUGCUGUUCUGGCAGGAUGUAACAGAGUAUGGCGCUGCAGAGGAUCGCGCAGCAGACCGCAUGCUACGACUGUGUAACGCAUGGGCCAUCUAUAACAGAUACAUUGCUGAUGACAGUGACUUUAAUAUAGAUGUGUCUCCUAGCGAUAGAAACAAGAUCCACAAGUGCCUGACCUCAGCAAAUGACUUCGUGGACUCGGUGGUGUUCGAUCCUGCCAAGCAGCACGCCUGUGACCGGCUCGAGGACGGCUGGGUCCAGUACCUGAAGGAAGAUCUCAAAAUAUUCCUCGACUGCCGUGUUCGCCCUGGUGGCCCUACCCCACCCACUACGGCAGCCAUUGAGAUUGUCGUCACUAACGAUGAGGUCAUCAUCCAGAGACCUCGACCUUGGCAGAGAAAACUGGGUACCGCGGAUUUGGAACAAGCCAAGGGCCUAGGAUUGUCCCUGGAGGACAUGGACGAAGAACAGCGAGCCAUCAUUCGCGCAAAACGACGCGAAGCUCGCAAGGAAAUGGAGCGCGAACGACGUAAGGCCAUACGGGCCGCAUACAAACGGCUGAGAGAUUCCAAAAAGAAGCCAGGAGAUUCUUCCACCAACGACAACACGUCUAAGAAGGAUGAUGAAAUGGAUUAUGAUGAAAACGGGGAGAAGAAGUCAGCGCGACCUCCACCACCGUUCCAUGAGUUGAUCAGCAACAAAGCAAUCAUCUCAAGUUUCAAGAAGCACCUUGCUGAGCUCGAGGACAAGGAGAGCCAGAAUGCGGUGGCGCUGUUCACGGAUAUCGAGACCUUCCUGUCAUAUGGGUCCAACAAGAAAGAGGCCCAGAGACGGGAACAACACGCUACCUUCAUACAGAAGACUUAUAUAGAUCCACAUGGCAAGAAGAAAGUUGAACUACCGGAGAAAAUCAAACACAAACUUACAGACAAGGAACGCCCGAAGACUGCUGUCUUAAAGGAAAUACAACACACCCUGCAUGUGAAAAUCGACGAACAAUUCAAGAACUAUUUAGUUCAAAAAGCAGAUGAACAGGGGAUGGAUCCUGGUGACCUAGUUAAGCUUUCGCAGGCAGAGUUGACAAUGAGGCUCGGUAACGACACAGGGGGAAAUUGGAAGAAGGGUCGUGGCAAGGGAAAGGAAGACAGCAGUGUAACCACACCUCGUGGCCCCGGGAGCUCACAGAUGUUUGUGCGCCCAAAACGGGCUCGCUUUCACAGCAAGACUGGUCGCAGCCAGCCACAUAAAGAUGAUCGUGAGGAGUUCUACAAGGCGCUCAAGUCCUGUGCGGCAGGCACAAUGUCCAUCCAGAUGCUCUACUUCUACAAGUACCUGACCAAGCACGCAGAGGAAGACAACAUGCCACUCAUUGAUAAGGAUCUCUUCUUCUACAUUGAAGUGCAGAAAUUCAAGGAAUGCAGUCACCAGUUUGCGGAUGAAGAGUUACUGAGGAGGAAGGUCCAGUCACUCAUAGACUGCUUUCUGGAAUCCUUCACUUCACCCUCAUUACAGGUGGACAUAGGAACUGAGUUGCAGCAGAAGUCUCUACGAUCAGCACAGCGCUAUCUGCAGGGUAAAGAAGUGUUUUCCAAUAUCUUUGACGAGGCCCAGCUGGCGGUGUUCAAAGAACUCUUGCCGUAUUGGGCUGGAUUCCGGAAAACGUAUUCACCACCAGAGGACCCUGGGAAAAAACCAGUUACCAAGUACCAGAAAAUGUUGAAGAAGCGACUAGAGGUGAUUGACAACUAUGUGAUUCCGUCAAGUGAGUUCCGCCUGCCGAAUAUUCCCGAGGGUGCCAUAGCCGCGUUCACAUUCUCGCUGUCUGAUGGCGUCAAACUGCGGUACUCUGAACGAGAUGAUUUCAGUGAAGUUGGAGAGCACGUGGACUUUGACUCGGAAAUGUCAAAUGAGUUAACCAUUGGUGAGGAGCCCCACCGUUCGGACCUGUUCAGCGGCUCUGUUAGUCAGGCCAAGGUACGCAGCGCGAGUAUUGCCUCAUCCAAGAAAGAAACCAGUUCUGUCACUACCAAGUCAUAGCCACACAAGUGAUUUUAGUGAUAUUUAUUUAUUUAACUAUCAGCUGUGAUACGUAUGUGCACUUAGUUCUGCCAAAUCAUAGUUUUCAAACGAUUUGAACGUUGUUUUAUUUAUUUACUGGCUCAAUUUGUUCAACAACUCUCUGGCUAAACGCUUAUGUGGGAUAAGUUUAUGCAAAAAAAGUUUGAUGUUAACUAACUCUGUUGAUAGGACUAAGUAAAUGUAAAAUUAAAGCAUAACAAACAACAACAAGGAAAUGUGAUUUUUGUUUGUAUUUAAUAAUUUUCUUUUUCGCAGUCUUUCACUUAAUUGUUAGAUUGCAAACAGAUGUAUUUCAGUGUUCUGAAUAUUUGUGUUACCAGUAUUAUUGUCCCCUACCGGUGAAACCUGAGGGGACUUAUGGUUUGCGCUCCGUGUGUCAGUCUGUCUGUCACACUUUUCUGGAUCCUGUGAUAACUUUAAAAGUUCUUCAUAUUUUUUUAUGAAACUUUAAACAUGGACAGAUGGCAAUAUGGAGAUUAUGCACGUCAAUUCAUUUUGUUCUUACGUCAAAAAUUGUGGUUGCUAUGGCAACAAAUAAGGGUGGAGUUUCACCGGUAGGGAACAAUAUUGCUUGACAAUCUCUUGUAUAAAUAAAACUUAUACAAAUAUUUGUAGAAAAAUGAGUAUAUACCUAUGGUCACUUGCAAAAAUAAGUAUGUAUUUUAAAGGACAUCUCCACUCAAUGGCAAACUAUUUCUUUAAUAUAUGUGUGCUCUGUUGAAUAUCUUAUCCUGUUUGAUGGCAUACAUAUCCAGUCUGAUCCUGUUUGAUGGCAUACAUAUCUGGUCAGAUCCUGUUUCAUGGCAUACAUAUCUGGUCAGAUCCUGUUUGAUGGCAUACAUAUCUGGUCACAUCCUGUUUAAUGGCAUACAUAUCUGUUGUGAUCCUGUUUGAUGGCAUACACAUUCAGUCUGAUCCUGUUUGAUUGCCUACAUAUCCAGUCUGAUCCUGUUUGAUGGCAUACAUAUCCUGUUUGAUGGCAUACAUAUCCUGUUUGAUGGCAUAUAAAUCCAGUCUGAUCCUGUUUGAUGACAUACAUAUCUGGUCUGAUCCUGUUUGAUGGCAUACAUAUCUGGUCAGAUCCUGUUUGAUGGCAUACAUAUCUGGCCAUAUCCUGUUUAAUGACAUGCAAAGCCAGUCUGAUCCUGUUUGAUUACAUACAUAUCUGGUCUGAUCCUGUUUGAUGGCAUACAUAAUCAAGUCUUUAAAGUGAUUUACAUUCCCAUGUCAGACAUUUGUUACAAUAACAAUUGCUCUAUGUUUUGUUAUACAAGGCUGUAACAGGCAGCUCUGGUGAUCAAAUGUGUAUCAGUGACAUUAAUAAACCAUAUUAAUAAGGUGUUCACACUUGCCACAUAAUCAGUUAAAAAGAGAGUUUAAUUAUUUUAAUUGUGAUUUGACACUUCCAUUGCCAUAGUAAAAUGUGUUGAAAGGUGUUUAUUGAUAUUUAAUACACCUUCAUUAGGUAAUACAUUUGCAAUUGCAAUGUAUUCAUUUAUGCCAAAGCUUCAAAGAAAAAAGUGCUCAAUUUUUUGUGGACAUAAGCUACAUGUAUAUGUGAACCUGUUUUUUUGUUGUUAAAUGUUUUUGAUUAUUGAUUGUUUAUUUGCUACAAAGCAAUCUGUGAUAGUAUGUUUUACUUCAUUUAUAUCUCUUUCAGUGCUGGAACCAAAUUUUAAAGGCCUUUGCAAACAGUUUGGAUCCUGAUCAGACGCCACAGAACGUGGCGUCUGAUCAGGAUCCAAACUGUUUGCUAUUCUGAUAGUAUUCUUUGAAAAAAAAUCGAAGAAAAUGCUAAUUUUAGAAAUUCAGCAGACAACAUUUUAGCAGAUGACAAAUUUCCCAGCAUGCAAAUGGAUAUGAUCAGUUCUCUGGGACAACCAAUGCUUCAUGCAGAUAGGCCUGCACAGUCUGAUCUACAAUCUGGGAUUACUCUUUCCCCGUAGACUUUAUUUUUGUCUAGAAGAGACUUACUUUAUAAAACAUUCCAUGAUUGGCGAAAGUGACGUUCCUGAUUUCCUGUGCGGAUUGCACAUGUUAAUAUGGAAUUGAACUUUAAAGAUAUGGAUUAAACUCUAUUUUCCCAGAGACAUUUGUUUGCAGUAAAAUUGUCAUUAGAAAAAAAAAAUUAUUGGUACUUUCCUAUGGCAGAUACCCGAUAAUGUACCAAUAUCAUGGGAUUUUAAUUGGCAACCAGUACUUCAUAACUUGGUAUUUGUUGUUCCAUCAUGUCAUAUUUAUAUAUAUAAGUGUAAAAUGUUUUUAUGGUCUAAUAUUUUGGUUGCACAUAUUAAGAUGUUGCAAGCAUUAUACGGCUAUGUAAAGUAUGUUAUUGUAAACGUUUUUGUACUAACCGGUCAAUGUGUGUCCAUUUUUCUGUAGGGUUUUGUGUUUAUACCUGUAUGAAUUCGUUUUUAUAUGGCUUCUCAAAAUAUAUUUUAUUUAAAUAUCA